UAAACAAAAGCAACAAAGAAGAAAAGAAAACUCUUGCUCAUUACUGAGCAUAAUAUAUAUGAAUAAAGAUUUCCCCAACAACUUAUUAUUACAAAACCAUGUGAGAGGAAUCAUGGAUGCUAACAAAUAUAAACCACAUGUAGACAUCUUGUAAUUUCUCUUCCUUGUAUAUAUUCAUCAAGCCUUGUAUUAUAAGUAACAUGUGAUCAUCUCCUUUUAUUCUAUAACUUCCAGUAUGACAAACUUGGUCACUACUUUGUUUAUUCACUUUUGCUUACACUUGUUCCUUUGCACUAACCACAGCAAAUAUGCUGUGGGUUUUAGACCACAACAGCAAGGAGGAAGAUCAACAAAAUUCUCUGACUUCAAGGUGCAAACUACUAGAAUUACUAAGCUAUGUAAUACCAAAGAUAUUCCAACCAUCAAUGGAAUGUAUCCAGGUCCAGUUGUUUAUGCUCAAGAAGACGAUAAAGUUAUCGUCAGAGUCACCAAUGAAUCCCCAUACAAUAUCACAAUACACUGGCAUGGCAUCCGGCAGAGGCUAUCAUGUUGGUCCGACGGCCCUUCUUACGUUACACAAUGCCCCAUACAAACUGGACAAAACUUCACCUAUGAGUUUACUCUGGUACAACAGAAAGGCACAUUUUUCUGGCAUGCUCAUGUUUCCUGGCUUCGAGCCACUGUUUAUGGUGCCAUUGUCGUUUAUCCUAAGAAGGGGAUCCCUUACCCUUUCAAGUUCCCCUAUGGAGAGCACAUCAUUAUUUUAGGAGAGUAUUGGAUGAAAGACAUGGUGCAAAUUGAGGAGGCAGUUUUAGCAAGUGGCGGAGCCCCACCACCAGCUGAUGCUUUUACCAUCAAUGGCCAACCCGGACCUAAUUAUAAUUGCUCUGCUAAUGAUAUUUAUAAAUUAGAUGUGAUUCCUGGGAAGACAUACUUGUUAAGGUUAAUCAAUGCAGCUUUGAACCAAGAGCAUUUCUUUGCAAUUGCAAAUCACAAAUUGAAAAUUGUUGAAGUUGAUGCAGAGUACACAAAGCCGUUGACCACGGAACGGGUCAUGCUCGGACCGGGUCAAACCCUAAACGUCCUAGUCAGAGCAGAUAAACCCAUAGCAAGAUAUUCAAUGGCGAUGGGACCUUACCAAUCUGCUAAGAAUGUCACAUUUCAAAACAUAACAUCAAUAGCUUACUUCCAAUAUUUUGGCGCCACAGCAAAUGACCUAAGUUUACCUGCAGCUUUACCACGUUUUGAUGACAAUCUUGCUGCUAAGACAGUCAUGGAUGGGCUUAGAAGUCUUAAUCCUGCCACUGUUCCUAAAGAUAUUGACAGAAACCUAUUCGUUACAAUUGGACUAAACGUGCAAAAAUGCCAGUCCAAGAAUCCCCAAAAAGAUUGUCAAGCUAAAGGGGGUGGGGUCAUGGCUGCUUCCAUGAAUAACAUCAGCUUUAGUAAACCUAACAUCUCAAUUUUGGAAGCUUACUACAAGAACAUCAGCGGGUACUUCACUCAAGAUUUUCCGGGGGUACCCCUAAAGUUCUAUGAUUUUGUGAAUGGGGCACCUAAUAACCCUCCUACUGACACAAAUUCUCUAAAUGGAACUAGGACCUACGUCCUUGACUAUGGGACAAGGGUUCAACUGAUCCUACAAGACACCAGCACAGUCUCCACAGAGAACCACCCCAUUCAUCUUCAUGGCUACAGCUUUUAUGUUGUGGGUUAUGGUACCGGAAACUAUGAUCCUGAUACAGCCAACUUCAAUCUGGUGGAUCCACCAUAUAUGAACACAAUUGGAGUUCCAGUAGGUGGAUGGGCUGCCAUUCGAUUCGUUGCUGACAAUCCAGGUAAUAAAUUAAAAACUAAAUUUCAUCUCUUAAUUAUUAUAAUGUGUUGUACAAAACUCAUGGAUGGACCAUUUUCAUGCACAGGGGCAUGGUUUAUGCACUGUCAUUUGGAGAUACAUCUAUCUUGGGGCUUAUCAGUGGUGCUCAUUGUGAAGAAUGGGGAAGGGCCAUUAGAAAAACUUCCUCAUCCUCCAGCAGACUUGCCAAGAUGCUAGAUAUAUGUGUUUAUUAGGGUGGUGGUUGACAACAACAAACCUGGAAAGUUUAUAUGUUCCCAAUUGGAGAUUCUUUGACCCACCAAGUGUGCAAUAGCCGAUACCUAAGUUGCGCGGACUCUUCACUUUUAAUGCCGCACCCAUGUUGGAUUCUCCAAAAUUACACUACUUUAGGAGAAUCUGACACGCACCAGUUGACAUUUUUGAACAGUCCGAGCAACAUAGGCCGAUAUACUGCUUUUUGUUUUUUCAAAGAAUUGGCAUUUGUUGACAUUUAUAAGUUUGUGUAAUAGAAUCGGAACUGGGUCUUCCCAAGUCA